CCUAUAGUGUAUACUCCGUAGUGUAUACAGUGUUGUUUACUACAGUACACAUAAUCUGUGUUUUACUUGAAAAUAAAUUAUUUUUCUGAUAAUAAAAUGUCUGACCGUGAUAAUUUAGAGAGUGAAAGUGAUCAGCAUCCUGCAAAGAAAGCAAAAUCACACUAUGACACACUAUCAAGUCAUCAAACCCAACAAUCAUCACAGGGGUCACAAAAUAUUAUUAUUGAAACUGGACAUCACCAAGAUCAGUUAAACACAAGACAUACUAUUAAUGUUAUGUAAGAUUUUAUUAAUCUAAUAGUACCAGAAUAUACUAAUUUUUAUUUAAGCUCUCAAGGAGAUACAUAUGACGAGGUGGUCUAUGAGUAUAGUAAAAAUCAUUCUAUUUCAUUACUUUACGUAGCUUUAACACGAGUAACAAGUCUUGAAGGGUUGUUUAUAUGUAACAGUCAGGAUAAUUUAAGAUUUUAUCAUGGAAGAAGAGUAGAUCCAUCAGUUUCAAGUUUACAGCAAGAAUUUAAAAGAUUAUCUCUAAACAAACUUACUACAUUGCAAGGACUGAUCACUGAAUUUAUAAACUCCAGAAAUAAAUUAACCAUUUAUACUUUAAACUGUCAAAGUCUCAGAAAACAUACUACUGAUUUACAAGAUUCUAUUUUUCAAAGUAGUAACUUUUUAUUACUAACUGAAACAUGGCUUCCUGCAGAUGAAUCAGUUGACUUACCUAAUUUUCAUUGUAUAGCUAAAUUUAAGAGACAAAAUGUUAGAGCCACUGGAGUUGCCAUUUAUAAAAACAACAAUACUUCACAUAUUACUACAUUCAACAUGGAUUUAGUAAUUCAAAAUGCUACAGAAGUUCAUGUCUCCCAAACAUCUAUUGGCGAUAUAUGUGCUUCACACGUUAAACUAGAAGAUGGAAGUGAAUUGAUGAUGAUUGUUGUGUACAUUUCUCCUAAUAAAAAAAUAAAUGACAUCAUUUCAUUUUUACACGAGAGAUUAUUUCCGUACAGUCACAGAGGUUCAAUAACUUUCAAAACCAAUAAAGACAAACUAGCAUUGAUUUUAGCUGGGGAUUUCAAUGUAAAUUUUGCAAAAGAUGAAUCAACGCCAUUAAUUACGUUUCUCCAAGAAGAAUUUCAAUUGCAAAUUAAUAACAAUCCAAGAGAACCUACCACCAGAUACGGAACAACAAUAGAUGCUGUAUUUAUUAGAUUUCUUGAUAAUGUUAUGUCCAAUACUUUUGUAACAUACUUCAGUUACCAUCGACCAAUUGUCACAGUAAUACGGUCCUCAGAGGCAACAUCGAAUAUAACUAUUACCGAAGUCACUGAUUAAACGAAUUAAGUAGUCACGAUUUGAAAUAAAUUCGUAAAUUUUUGUAUUUAAUGAAAAUAAAUGUUUAUUCAAUAAAUAGUCAUCGA